UAGUUGCUGAAAUAAGAUACCUCUGUCCUCCCUAUGCUAACUGUUGACAUGGAAAACAAGGAAAAUGGCUCUCUGGAUGUCAAAAACUCAGUAGAGAACGGGAGACCUCCAGACCCUGCUGACUGGGCUGUUAUUGAUGUUGUGAAUUACUUCAGAACAGCAGGAUUUGAGGAACAAGCCAAUGCUUUUCAAGAACAGGAAAUUGAUGGCAAAUCAUUACUGUUGAUGACAAGGAAUGAUGUACUGACUGGACUUUCAUUAAAACUGGGCCCUGCGCUGAAAAUCUAUGAAUAUCACGUAAAGCCUCUACAGACACAACAUCUAAAGAACAACUCUUUAUAGCAAAUUGUCUAAUUGGGGUCAUGCUGUGCCUCAAACAAUAAAUAAGCAAUUUGGUUUCACGUGAUGGAACUUUGUAAAGAGAGAAUAUAUGUAUUAAGAAUUUAAACCAAAUUAAGAUGAUAUAUAUCCUAUUGGAUAGAGUUGGCAAUAUACUGUAUACUAAGUCUGAUCUGAGAGAGGUGGUGUGUAUUUUUUACAUGGUGCAUAACAAUUUUCUCUUUUAGGAUUUCUCAGAGUGCAUGUUGAGAUAGCUACAGCACUGUAUCCAGAACAAGAGGAAAGUGUGGUCAUUCUCAUUUUAGAGCCAGGCAUGUUCUUGUUUUCAUGAAUUAGAAUACCAAAAAGAACAAAAAUAGAGUUUACAUGCAUCUUUGGGAGAGACAAAUGAAUAAAAGUAUGUUCUGGUGUACAUUAAAGACCUACUGAAAUUAUUACUACUUAUAAUUUUGGGAUGGAACUGAGACUUGCCAACUCACCCUUUUUUGCAGAGGGUCCUAUUUUUGACCUUAUUAAGGUUUACUUGUGGUAUGCUGCAAUGUUUAAAGCUGUAUAUACAACUAACAUAGCCCCUUCGAUAGCAGAAGGCGUUGCUAACAGGUGAAACUGGCUUGUGUAUUUUUUGCUGUCCUUUAAAUUUUCAGCUUGUUUUCACCUGUUUUUAAUAGUAGUUCUAUGUAAAGUAGAGUUGGUUUUUAAAAGUUUGUGUUGCUUUGCAAAACAAAGAACUUCAUUUUCUUUUUAUUUUUUAUUUAUAAUAACUGUUUUCUAACAUUAUGCAGAAAUUUGUUAAAAAGUAAAAUUCUGCACAUUUUUAAUAUUAUUGUCUGUCAUGGUGUUGUAACAGUUGAUUUUUUGAUGCUUUAUUUACAGUUUGAAUACUUGUUUUAAAAAAAUGAAAGAAGCUGUCUUGUCACCAUACAUCUCUGUUAAAAGAGAGUCUUGUUCAGUCUUGUUUGUACCAGUUCCCUAUUUGAUAGGUUGCUUGCUAUAUCCCAAUAAAACAUUGCUUAUGUUUGGAUUCAGUUUA